GUCGCAGUAAUAGCUGUAUACAGUUACUUUAUCUGUCAGAUAAUCGGCAGUCAGUACGUGAAACGAAAUGGCACGCUCACUAUCGCCAGUCAUUCCAACGCUCUGCCUGUGCCAAUCUUUGGCGUGUUCUACUUCCUCUUCCUCAUGGGAUGGCUGAAGCCAGGAUUUUCUCCUUUCAAACAGGUCGCUCUCUGUGUGAUGAACCCCUUCGGUGAUGACUACGAGGAUUUCGAGUGCUCCGAGAUUCUGGACUACAACUUGGAUGUCAGUUACAGGGCUGUCCUGUUAGACGAAUCGACUUUCCCAGAUAGCCUGAAAAGGGCAACCUUCGAGGCCAAGCCGAUGGCCGGGGCGGAGGAUGAUAAUCUGCAAGAAUUCCUCGAAAACACUACCAGGGAAAUCCAAGCGGCCUAUAGCAAUGAGGAGAUAAACGAGUGGGUUUACAACGAUGCUCUAACUUUGGUGUACUAUUUUUUUGGAGACAUUAGACAUAGUGGUAAUUAUAAUGGCAUUAAUCGAGCUAGAGGCAGUAUAGGAAGAAUAUUAGCCGAACAACAACAUGUGCAUCUGUGA